AUGGCCACCUCGAGAAUCCUCAAAACUCUUUCUUCUUCUUCUUCUUCUUCCUCCUCUUCCUCGCCUCUCCCGACCUCCCGUCUGUGGCUCAAGAGGCAGAAGUUGCUCUCGGGAAGGAAGUAUGCCAGUUCUACCCCGAGGAAGCCUGUCAGUGUCUCGGAAUACUGCUUGGACGCGAUUAAAACCUAUGAAUAUGAGAACUUCCUAUCAUUGCUGCUGCUUCCAGAGCAGUCUAGGCCUGCAGCUAUAGCUAUACGUGCAUUUAAUAUUGAACUAGCUCAGGUGCCUGAUGUCACAUCCGAAACCCUAAUGGCUAGGAUGCGGUACCAGUUUUGGAGAGACACUCUCGACCAGAUCUACAAUGGUGGUUCUCCAAACCAGCCCGUGGCCUUGCUGCUGAGAAGGGCUGUGGAAAAGAACAAGCUGUCGAAAUGGUGGUUAAAAAGCAUGAUAGACAGCCGUGAGGACCAGUUGGAAAACAAGCAGUUCCCCUCGGUGAAGGCUGUGGAAGACUACAGCGAGAAAUCCAACUCUGUGUUGUACUACCUCGUUCUGCAGAGCAUGGGAAUCGAGAACGUGCACGCCGACCACGCAGCCAGCCACAUAGGGAAAGCGGAAGGAUUGGUGAAGUUACUAAGAGGCGUCCCUUUUCUCGGCGCCAAGAGGAUGGUCCUGUUACCCCGCGAUGUCAUGAUGCAGCACAGUGUCUCUCAGGAGGACGUUGUGAGAGGAUUACAAGAUCAGAAGAUGAAGGAUGUGGUUUAUGACAUAGCAAGUAUUGCCCAUCAACACAUUGAGCAUGCAAGGAGCUUCAUAAAGGAUGUACCUGAAGAAGCUCGCGUUGCUCUUAUUCCAAGUACGGCAGUGUUUGCUUACCUUAAGGCACUGCAGAAAGCAGACUUCAAUAUCUUUGAUGGGAGUCUCCAGAAGAGAAAUAGUUGGCUACCAUUUACAUUGUGGUGGGCAAAAUUUACGAAAACUUAUUGAUCUUUUCAUUCUUUAGUUCUGUUAAUUUUGUAAAAUAAAACAAGUUACAUGGUGGAGUCAU